UGUCUAUAGAGGAGAGUGAGGAAUCUUCAGAGGAAGAAAGUGAAAGUAGUGAUGACAGUUCUGAUGAUGAUGAUUCUAGUGAUGAAGAUUUAGCUCCUAUUGAACGAGCUCGUGAAAAAAUCAUGAAACACCAUGCUGAAUGUGAGAAGAAGAGAAAUACAGAUAAUUUACGUGCCCCUGUGGUCUGUGUAUUGGGCCACGUAGAUACUGGUAAAACUAAAAUCUUAGAUAAGUUACGUCGCACGAAUGUACAAGAUGGAGAAGCAGGGGGUAUUACCCAACAAAUUGGUGCCACAAAUGUUCCACAUGAGAAAAUUCUUGAACAUACCAAAAUGUGUAAAGAUUUUCAGAAGAAUCCACUAAAACUACCUGGUUUGUUAAUUAUAGACACACCUGGUCACGAGUCUUUCAGUAAUUUACGUACUCGAGGCUCGUCUCUCUGUGAUAUAGCCAUCUUAGUUAUUGAUAUUAUGCAUGGUGUGGAGCCUCAGACUCUAGAAUCUAUUAAUUUAUUGAAGGAAAGAAAGACGCCAUUUGUUGUUGCUUUAAAUAAGAUUGACAGAUUGUACCAAUGGCAGAGUAACCCUAGAAACGAUGUAGUCAAUGUUAUAAAGAAACAGCAACAUAAUGUAAAAUUAGAAUUUGACAAACGAGUCAAUGAUGUCAUAUUACAAUUAGCCAAUGAGAGUUUGAAUGCAGCGUUAUUUUAUGAAAAUAAGAAUCCCAAAGAAUACAUAUCCCUGGUACCCACGUCUGCCCACAGUGGUGAUGGCAUGGGAAAUCUAAUAGCACUGAUAUCAGAAUUGUCGCAGACUCUACUGGCUAAACGUGUUUCCUACAGUGAAGAGCUGAAUGCCACUGUCAUGGAGGUAAAGGCUAUCCAUGGUCUAGGAACCACUAUAGAUGUUAUAUUAGUCAAUGGAAGUAUUAAGGAAGGAGAAGCUAUAGUAAUAGCUGGUACAGAGGGUCCUAUUGUCACCUCUAUCAGAGGUUUACUCAUGCCUCAACCCAUGAAAGAACUUCGAGUCAAGAAUCAGUAUGAACACCAUAAAGAAGUGAAGGCGGCCCAAGGUGUGAAGAUUAUUGCUAAAGAUAUGGAGAAAGCUAUGGCAGGGUUACCGUUAUAUGUUGCUCACACCCCAGAUGAGGUGGAUUAUUAUAAAGAAAUUUCUUCAGCAUUGGAAGAUGUUUUGUCAUCUAUAAAGAUAUCUGAUAAAGGUGUUUUUGUUCAAGCCUCCACCCUCGGGUCUUUAGAAGCCUUGUUAGAAUUCUUACGUACUUCCAAAAUUCCAUAUGCUGGUAUCAAUAUUGGACCGGUCCAUAAAAAAGAUGUGAUGAAAACUUCGGCCAUGUUGGAACACGACGGACAGUAUGCGUGUAUUCUGGCGUUUGAUGUGAAAGUUGAACGUGAGGCCCAGGACUUGGCCGAUCAUUACGGUGUUAAAAUAUUUACUGCUGACAUUAUCUAUCAUUUAUUUGAUAAAUUUAUGGCGUAUCGCGAGGAAAUCAAACGUAAAAAACAGGAAGAGUUUAAACAUUUAGCCGUGUUUCCAUGUAAAUUACGUAUCCUACCCCAGUAUAUAUUUAAUACUAGAAACCCUAUAGUAGUUGGAGUAAUGAUUGACGCAGGAUUUAUAAAAGAAGGUACACCCAUCUGUGUCCCCAGUAAAGAGUUCUGUGAUCUGGGAAGAAUAACUAGUAUAGAGGCGAAUCAUAAACAAGUAGAUAUGGCGAGACAAGGGCAGGAAGUGUGUAUUAAAAUAGAACCACUACCAGGUCAUGCUCCUAGGAUGUAUGGUAAACAUUUUGAUCAUGAAGAUAUCCUUAUGAGCAAGAUUUCCAGAGAGACUAUAGAUUGUGUCAAAAAUUAUUUCCGUGACGACAUGCAGAAAAACGACUGGAUACUGAUCAUGCAGUUGAAAAAAUUAUUUGAAAUCAUCUGAGAUGAACAUUAGUUGGAUUGAAAUUAAGUAAUUUUACAAAAAAAAAAUUGUAUUUUGGUGUGGGUAAAGACAUUGUGGAAACGUGCUAGUUAAAAACCAGAGGAAUUCAACGCCACCCAAAGUCACACAGCAAAAAAUAAAAUUUUGUUUAAGGUUAUUGAGAUGAGUCUACAUGAAUAAAAUCCAAAACAAAACAUACUGGCAAAACAUUGGUAGCAGCUAAUGAACUUUUCACAUGAAAGUGCUUGCUUAGUUGUGUAAGAUUGUGAUAUCCUUCAUCAAAACUGAUACAAGGCAAUAAAAGAUGGUCUUGUAUUAGCUUCAGAGAGAGGUGAGGUAUAAAGUUAAGACACACCUAGACCACCUCCCUUGGUACACUGAUUAUUUUUAUGAAGAAUCCACCGUUACCAAAAUUGAGAAUAAGGGGUUUAAAUUAUUUAUUUUGUUUGAGAGUGCUAUUAAAUAUUAAAUCAAAAUGUUACCUUGAUGCAGAUGAGAAAAUUUUAUCACCAGUGAAAAUAAUCGGCCAAAUAAAUCCCACAUUUUUUAUGCCGGUGAUUCGUACGAUUUUAAUAUUAUGCGAUCGGCCAAUAAAAUACUCUCAUCUGCCUUAGAAAAAAAAGGUUUAUUCUGUUUAUGAGGGAGUAUGUUCUACUUGACUUGGUGUUAAUUGACUAACACAAUUGCUGUAUUUUUAUGAAUCUGGAACACACUCCUCCUAUACGAAACUAGGUAUGAUUCUAACAUGGAAAUAACGCACACGAACGUAAUUCACAGCCAUUUUGAAUCUCUUCCUCGACUUUUUAAAAGGCUACAAUGUUUCAACAAAUCUGUCAAAUCACAUUUAACGAUCUAGAAAUGGCUAUGUAGUUUCGUAUGACACUCUUAUUUUAAGUCUUGUGCACAUAUGAAAUCAAGGCAGAAUUGGGAUAUAAUAGUAAUAUAUCUUUUGAGACUGGGGUCAGCCUCCAUUUUUUUUUUUUGAGAAAAAAAAAACUAUCUUAAAGUUAAUUGAGACUUAUUUAUGGAAAAAUUUUCAGAAUGGGAAGCCCCAGAAUAUCCCGUACAGAGUCUGUGGUGUUAGUUUGUAAAUAUUACAAGUUUUUGUAAAUAAGAAUUCUAUUUUUCUCAGUCAUUGUAAAAAUUACGAGUGAUGUCUUGAUUUGUUGGAAUGGAAUUAUUAUAAAAAACAUGGAAUAAAGAGUGUUGGUGCCUUGAAG